CCUUGACAGGACCGUCCCAUCAAGUUUCUACAAUGGUGUCAGGAAAAUACUGAUGAAGAACGAUGGUACUAAGAGCUACACGAUUGGACGGCUAUCGUCGUCACUGGCAUUGAAACAAGUAAAGGACGAGGCUAUGCAGAGCAUGGACCCUACCAGCCCAGUGAGUGACUUUGUAUCUCCGGAGUCGACAGUGACUACAUUGCUGUCAAGUUCUGGCCACUUUAAGAGCAGACUAUCACCGGAAUUCAAUACAACCUUCAGAUACAGAGACAAGGAAUAUGACUCAGCCUCGGAAGCAUUGGAUGCCUAUAUCAUAGACUUUGACAGAAGUCGAAACAUUGAGUCAUCAGGAAGGCUGGUUCUGCCGCAGAGUCCAUUGUCCACCCCGAGAAGACCUAGAAUUAGCACACGGAGAAACAAAUCUGUUCUCAGAGAACAUUUAACGGACAGAGAAGUGGAUUUUCUGACCCUUCCCGUGAGUUCCCUCCGUCACCGUGACAAUCAUGAUAGACUUUCAAUGACAACAGACGAACUGCUGUCUAUCCCUCGUGAUGGUUCCAUGCCUGUCACCCACACAACUGCCUUCAUUCAAGGUCACCUAUCUCAAUCUGCAGCCUCUCAGGCCUAUGUCUCAUCCACUCCAUUGAACAGAGCAAAGGCUAACAUAUCCCACCAACAUUCAAGCAAAAAUUGCAGCAGCUGCAGGUGCAUUAGAGAGGCCGAAGUUCCCACUUUGAAACAAGACGUGCCCUUUGUUAGAUGCUUAACAUGUGCGCACAGAGCAGCAAGAUCAGAGCAGGCAUCAUCUCCGGUGCCCCAUUCACACUCCAGGGUCAAUUGUAACUUGGCAGACCUGAACUGCAGUAGAACCAGUUAUGUGCCUGCUGUGAUCCAAGACUGUGACACUCGUGAGCCACCACCCCCAUCAGAGGUCUACUUCUAUGACAAGCUAGAAUUGGGAAGCAGAGUGCCAUCUUGGUUAGCAGAUACGGAAGAUGAUCCUUGCAAGACACCUAUUAGGGUAAAAAAUCAGUGUGACACUAAGCAGAGUUUAAGAGAUCUGAGAUUCCAGUUUGCUGAACAGAUAUCUUUAAUCGCCUCAGAGAGAAAAAGCGCUGAUAUUACGGAAUCUCUUUUUAAAGAUAAUCGGCUAGAGUCACUGAUCCAGAAAGCAGAUCAAGUGCUAAACUCUCUAUCUCAGAGCUUUGGAGGAGAAGGAAGUACGGCCCUUUCAGUCUGCAGAGGUUCUAUGAGUCCAGUGAACAGUGAUGAAAUUCAGCUUGGUUCGACUUCACAUGAUCCCCUGCUUCCAGCAGACUCAACUGGAGCUGAAAAGUUCAUCAUUGAGGCUCUGUCUAAGGAAACAAUGCAGACUUGGGAUUGCAGUGAUGGACAGAAAUUGCCUGGUGCAUUGGAGGCUCUGAAACAAAUGAUGUUUCGACUGCAGGCUGUGGAGGCCGAGCUUCACCGAAAACAUGUACCAAUUGCACCAACUUGUAGUAAAGAAACUCAAAAGAAGCCUGAAAAUGAAGUAGAACUGAGUUUAUCUGGUGCACCAUCGAUAAAAAGGGCUCUGCAUCACCUCAGUCGCUUGAAGCUGCUGUUGGAGGAGCCGAGAGUAAAACAUGCUGAAGAGGAGAGGGAUACAGAUGAAGGACGGUAUUCUUCUUCAUCUGCGGACAGACUCAUGUUGCAGUUGUCCAACUAAAGAAGGAAACCCUGUCAGAUGGAUAUUUCCACUCAAUGUCAGCAUUAAUGGAGAUUUCCACUGUAAUAUCACAGUUUUAGCUUUAUGUUAAGCAGGUCAUUGCCAAAAGGAGAAGAUAAGAAGAUAGAAGUGCAAUACUGAACAUCAAAGUUUACUCAUCGAAUCAUAAGUAAAGAUAGUACAGUGGUACCUCUACUUACGAAAUUAUUAGGUCCUGGAAGUUUCCUUAAAUUCCUUAAGUCGACACGUUUUCCAUGUAAAAGCUCAAAAUUCAGACAUAAAUCUUUUAUAAAGCAUAAAAAUGUACCAAAACAUGUAACAAGUACAUGUUAAAAUUAGAUCAUUGCACAAUAAAGAUAAAAAUUGAGUUGAGCAUAAUGUAAAAAAUAAAAGCUAAUACACUCAGGUAAAGCUGUCGGAACACCUCAUGGCCUGAGGGGCAAAUGUAGAAGGCCCUGG